AUGGAUUCUACAUUUGGGCAUCACAAUAGCACGAGCAAGCACAAGAAUGGAAGAGAUGAAGAGUACUCGCGACCGACAGGUUAUAAUGAGGAUGAACCAUUAGGAGGAGUAACCCACAAGAAUCACAGCUCCCAUGGAGGAGGAGGAGGUGCUAAAUAUUCUUCUCCUGAUUCAGACUAUUAUGAUCAGUCGUCGUCACGACCAAGUGGUCAUGGUUACUCGUCUGCCUAUUCUAACCAAGCAAAAAAUCAUGCCACCGGUGGUUAUGGUUCCUCGUCUGCCUAUUCUGACCCAUCACAAGGCCAUGCUGUUAGUGGUGGUCAUGGUCACUCAUCCGCCUAUCCUGACCAUUCAGAAGGCCACGCUGCUAGUGGUGGCUACGGUUCACAAGGCCAUGCUACUAGUACUGGUGGUCAUGGUUACUCAUCCGCCUAUCCUGAUCAAUCACACGGCAAUGCUGCUAGUGGUGGUCAUGGUUCACAAGGCCAUGCUGCUGGCGGUCACGGUUACUCUUCCACCUAUUCUGACCAACCACACGGCCAUGCCGCCAGUGGUGGUCAUGGUCACUCUUCUGCCUAUUCUGACCAACCACACGGCCAUGCUGUCAGUGGUGAUCAUGGUUACUCUUCUGCCUAUCCUGACCAACCACACAGCCAUGCUGCUAGUGGUGGCCACGGUUCACAUGACCACGCUGCUAGUGGUGGUCAUGGUUACUCUUCCACCUAUUCUGACCAAUCACACAACCAUGCUGCUAGUGGUCAUGGUUACUCUUCCGCCUAUUCUGACCAACCACAAGGCCAUGCUGGAGGUGACGGUGGUCAUGGUUACUCAUCCACCUACUCUAAUCAACCAGAAGACUAUGCGUCUCACCAUGCAUCACAUAAAAGUGACCAUCACGCCUCUAAGUCCUCAUCCCUUCACGACACCCAUUCCAAGGGCACCAAUUUGACCAGCAAACCCACUGUUCAGGUAUUCUGUAAGGCUAACACUGGUUACUCCCUCACCAUCCGUAAUGGCGAAGUCAUUCUUGCACCAUCUAAUCCAUCGGACGAAUUCCAACAUUGGAUCAAAGAUGAGAAGUACAGCUCGAAAGUGGAGGAUGAAGAGGGGUUUUCCAGUUUUGUUCUGAUCAAUAAAGCCACCGGUGAGGCCUUGAAGCACGCCAGUGGUGACACCAAACCAGUGAAAUUGAUACCUUUCGAUCCAGAUGUUUACGACGAGACUAUCGUGUGGACUAAGAGUAAAGACUUCGGAGAUGGUUAUAAAACAAUAAGGAUGGCUAAAAACAUUCGCCUGAAUGUUGAUGCUUUUCAAGGUGACAAUGGUGGUGUCCGCGACGGCACAGCAAUCGUUCUCUGGGAAUGGAAACACGGAGAUAAUCAACUAUGGAAGAUCACUCCCUAUGGUAAUUGGUGGGAAGAGUUUGCGGCAAGCAAAUUGUGUUUCUCAAGUCCUCCUCAGACUCAAGGUGGGGACUUUGAGAUGGAGAGAUCUCAAUUUCGAAGGUCUCAUCGAGCUCAGGGGGCUCGAGGCGAUGGAGGUGGAAUGCACCCGAGGUCCCAUCUGCAGAAAGGGGCCUUAGGUGGUGAUAAAAAAAGAAGGGACCCAUCCAACUGGAGAGGGGUACUUCCUCAAGGGGAGUGA